AUGCGGUUCUCACUACUCUCCCAGUCACUCUACGGUGCCACCCUGGUUGUAGCGCUUCCAGGAUUCAACAAGGCCGCGAAAGAUGGUUUUGUAGGUUUUGAGAGGCAAUCUCGAGUUGCCCUAGCUCCUCUGAUUCCCAUCAGCGGAAUGGACCAUAAGCUGGUGCCGUUUGAGGAGGCCGAAGACCUGUUCGCCAAUGUUCCCAAAGCAGACUCGGAUCCAGCCACCUACAAUGAUACAGCGUCUUCUGUGGAAUCGGCUUUGACGGAUGGGGCGUUCACCACAGAAUCAACCGAAGCAGCAGCUUCAUGCACAAAUCCCAAUACCCGCUUCGAGUGGGACGACUACUCGACGUCAGACAGGCAGGCACUUAUGAGCGCAUUCAAGUGUUUGAUGAACAAGCCGCCGUCUGGCGCCUUCAGUGCAUCCAAGAGUCGAUGGGAGGACUUUGCUCGCCUUCAUCAAAUGUACACCCCGAACGUCCACCAAAACGCCAAGUUCUUGCCAUGGCAUCGCUAUUUCAUAUGGACCUUCGAACAAGUCUUGCGCGAUGAGUGCGGCUUCAACCGCGCCUUCGUUUGGUUCGACGAGACUAAGCAUGCUGGUGCCUUCUCUCAAUCAGACCUCUUCAGUACUCAGUAUCUCGGGUCUCUUGGAGGCAGCAGCCACUGCGUAACUGAUGGUGUCUUCGCUGGACUCACUUUGAAUGUUGGUCCCGGCAGUGGUAACACCGUUCAUUGUUUGAGCCGAAAAGGAGAUGCCUCGGCUACUGCUCAAUGCAACACCAACUAUGUCAACUCGUGCUUGUCAAAUGCUAGGUACCAGGAUUUCGAGAGGUGCUUUGAGUUUGGACCUCAUGGUUAUGGCCAUAAUGGCGUUGGAGGUGUGAUGGCUGAUGUGUAUGCCUCGCCUGGCGAACCUUUCUUCUGGUUCCACCAUACUUUCGUUGACCGCGCUUGGAGAAUCUGGGAGCUGGCAGACCCGGCCAACCGAUAUGCCUCGAUUGACGGUACAGACAUCAAUGGCAACCCAUUGACUCUGGACACAGUCAUCUACAUGGGUGGCAUUCGACCGGAUGUGACGAUUAGGCAGAUCAUCAACACUCUCUCGGGUGACGCCCUCUGCUACCGAUACAACUAUUAG